AUGGAACAGGUUAAUAAUAUUGGAGCGAAAUCUCCCCACAAUGUUAGUGAACAAUUUAAUGGCGAAAAAGCUGAUAAUGGUUUUGUGAAGCCUAAACUACGUAUAAAAGUUCCACAAGCGCUUUCGUUGAAGAAUCAUAUUGUUGAUUACGAGGCUGUGGACAGCUUACACUCAAAACUUGAAGAAGAGACUACUUAUAUCUUUAAUACAGAGACCAAAGCUACCGGCAUCAAUGUGAACUUAAGACAAAAGCUUGCAUUCUUGGGAACGAUAGCAGGUUUAACAAGUUUCAAGCAUCCAGGAGUGUUGCAAACUUAG